AUGAGUCAAACGAGACAAACAUCCGGUUUAACAACAUCAACAUCUCAUUAUACUUCAUCAAGAACAACAAAUUCUCCAUCGAUAAAAGCUCUUCAACUUGAAUAUUCGAAAUUACAAAAAGAACCUGUUGAAGGUUUUACUGUUAGUCUUGACGAUGAUUCUAAUUUAUAUAAAUGGCAUGUUGGAAUUUUCGGACCACCAGAAACGCUGUAUGAAGGUGGAUAUUUUAAAGCUGAUAUGGAAUUCCCCACAACUUAUCCAUUUGCACCACCAAAAGUUCGUUUUCUAACGAAAAUGUGGCAUCCAAAUAUUUAUGAAAAUGGUGAAGUAUGUAUAUCAAUACUUCAUCCUCCCACUGAAGACCCUCAAUCGGGUGAACAUCCAAGUGAACGUUGGAAUCCUACACAAAAUGUUCGAACAAUUUUAAUGUCAAUAAUAAGUUUAUUAAAUGAACCUAAUUGCUCAUCCCCUGCUAAUGUCGAUGCAAGUAUUAUGUAUCGAAAAUUUCACGAACAUAAAGAUAAUGAAUAUGAAACAAUUAUUCGUCGACAAGUUAAUGAAUCAAAAUUAGUAGCUGAACAGGAAGGUAUAUCAAUACCUAAAACGCUUGAUGAUUAUGUUGCACCAUCACGUGCUGGUGCAGCUGGAAAUAAAAAUGAUAAAAAAUCCUAUUCAAAUUCUUUAUCACAUGAAGAUGAUGAUGAUUUAGGAAUUGAUGAUGAUGAUGAACAAAUGGCUGAUAUGGGUGGAGAUGAUGAUGAUGCAUCAUAUAAUGACAGCGAUUAA